UUGUACUUUAAACAUCAACCACUUCCUGUCAAGUAAUGGCGUCUGUGUGAAGCAGUCUUAUAACAAACACUUAACAAAUCUAUCAGAAAACGAACUAAUAGAGGCACUCACAUAGCGAUUUGAACAAGAUGCCAGUGUCGGUAGGACCGUAUGGACAGACGCAGCCCAGUUGCUUUGACAGAGUCAAGAUGGGCUUCAUGAUGGGGUUUGCCGUGGGCAUGGCUGCAGGCGCCAUGUUCGGAACUUUCUCCUGUCUCAGGAUCGGCAUGAGGGGUCGAGAAUUGAUGGGCGGAGUUGGGAAGACGAUGAUGCAAAGCGGCGGCACAUUCGGAACCUUCAUGUCGAUCGGUAUGGGCAUCCGCUGCUGAGAUCACACUAAUGCCACAUCUCAACUGAUAGGACUUUUGUAGAUUCAUUUAUUUGUCAUCAUACCCACAUUCAAGGACACGGGUGUCAAUAAAGACCGAUUGAAGAAAACAGAUUUUUCUGUUCUCAAUCUAAGAUUUAAUUGUUGAUAGUUAACUAGAUUGACACUUUGAAGACAGCCCCCCUUUUUGGUUUGUGUCCAGUAGAAUAAGCAACAUGGGAUUGACCUUUCUGCUGUUUAUAGAGGGCUGACAAUAAAAUGAACACACCGAAGAUAA